GUGUGCUCUGGUUGCACACUUCACAUGUGGACUACAGUAGUGCGUCAUCCGGGUCUUCAGUGCUUCUGCCAGCCCGUGAACGCAGAGUGUGUGCGACGGGAUCUUCUAACCGGAGGAGAGAUGGACAGGAGUGCGGUGGUGAAAGUCGGCGCGGUGGCGAGCGCUACUGUGUGCGCGCUCUUCGGAGGAGUCGUGCUCGCGCAGUACAUGCUCAGCAAAAAGCAGAGAGCAGGGAAGAAAACCAAGAUCAUAGAAAUGAUGCCUGAGUUUGAGAAGAGCACGGUCCACAUCAGAGACCCGGAGCGAGUGGAGCAGAUCAUCUGCAGUCUCAUUAAAGGUGGAGCGCCGAAACUGCAGAUCAUCACAGACUUUGACAUGACGUUGAGCAGGUUUGCUGUCAAUGGAAAACGUUGCCCAACAUGUCACAACAUCAUUGAUAACUGCAAGCUGGUGACCGAUGACUGCAGGAAGCAGCUGCACCAGUUAAAGGAGACGUACUAUCCUAUAGAGAUCGACCCUCAUCUCACCAUGGAGGAGAAAUACCCAUUUAUGGUGGAGUGGUAUUUUAAGUCACACACGUUAUUGGUGGAACAGAGAUUGCAGAAGGACAAACUCCCAGAGGUCGUCAGAGAGUCGGACGUCUGUCUAAGGGACGGGUACGAGCAGUUCUUCGACCGGCUGCUCCAGCACAACGUUCCCGUCUUCAUCUUCUCCGCGGGUCUGGGAGACAUUCUGGAGGAAAUCAUCCGACAGGCCGGCGUCUACCACAACAACGUCAAAGUCGUGUCCAACUUCAUGGAUUUUGAUGAGAAUGGGCUUCUGAAAGGCUUUAAAGGAGAGGUGGUCCAUGUUUACAACAAGCACGACGGUGCCCUGAGGAACACAGAGUAUUUCAAACAGCUGAAGGAGAACGGGAACAUUAUCCUGCUGGGAGACUCGCUCGGAGAUCUCAACAUGGCGGACGGCGUUCCCAACGUGGAGAACAUCCUCAAGAUCGGAUUUCUCAAUGACAAGGUAGAGGAGCGGCUGGAGAAGUUCAUGGACUCUUAUGAUAUUGUCCUGGUGAGGGAUGAAACACUCGAAGUGCCUAAUUCCAUUCUUCAGAAGAUCUUAUAAUGGACACAGACUCAGUUCCAAGAUUCCUGGAUAAUUCCCGCACUGAGGCCGGCCAUCAUCUGUCCUCACAAGCCAUACACGCGACCUUUGACCUUUUUAAAGUUCUGCCCUCUCAUCAUAAUGAACUAUUUUAAUAAACACAACUGGGUUCUAAACACGUAUUACAUCAUUUGCAAAUUGGUAAAAUUAUUGUUUGUAGUAUUUUUGAUAUGGAAAUAUGUGUUUGCGAUAAAAGUUGGGAGUGUGAACACCAAAGCCCGGCUGACGCAUCAAACUCAUGAUCGUUCUGAAGAUGAUGUGCACUUUUAAAGUCUGUUACAGUUCUCAUGGAACUUUGCAUUUCAUGUCGGUUUGCACAGAUAAAAAAUAAAGCAAUGCUAUAAAUUGCUCCCAAAGCCAUGAUGUUUCAUGUAUUGUCUUUGAGAAUGUUUUAGCAUAAGUUUAUUCAAGUUUCGGUGUUAAAAUGUGCACAGCCUCCUGGUCACCUGUGAGGUGUACGCAAUAAAGGCAUUUUUCUCAUCA